AUGAACAGGGAGGGCGAAUACGCGGUGCUUCCCGCUCACCCGAUCCCCGCCUCGAUCCCGCGGCCGCCGUACGCCAGCAGUUCCAGGGGACAAACGGACAGAGGCUUCCACACGUCAGACGCACCUGGAGAGAUUCAGACUCCCGAAGCUCUGGAGAAAAUCCGGGCGGCUGCUGCCGUUGCAGCGAAUGCUCUGAAACUCGGCCUCGACGCCGCCCGCGAGGGCGUAACGACCGAGGACCUCGACAAGAUCGUGCACGAGUACAUCGUCAGUGUUGGGGCGUAUCCUGCAGCGGUGAACUUCCACAACUUCCCCAAAGCAGUCUGCGCGUCCGUUAACGAGGCCGUUUGCCACGGGAUUCCCGACCUUCGUCCUCUCCAAGAUGGAGACAUCGUCACUUUGGACUGCACUGCCUAUGUCGACGGCUUCUUUGGAGACUGCGCAGGCACUGCGAUGGUCGGGAAUGUUAGUGAGGCUCACCGUAAUCUCGUCGAAACGUCCAAGGAGUGUUUGGACGCGGCGGUGAAGCUUCUCCACCCCGGCUUGCCGAUCAGGGAGGUCGGUCGAUGCGUCGCAGAGCUUGCGCAAAAAAGGGGAUUUUCAGUAGUUCGCGAGUUCUGCGGUCACUUCAUCGGGCGCAAAAUGCACCUACCGCCGUUGAUUUCUCACGUCUACCCAAACGAUACACAGGGCGUUUUCCGCGUUGGUCAGACCUUCACCAUCGAGCCAAUUCUCUGCGAAGGCGCUCCAGACCUCUUCACCUGGAAGGACGGGUGGACCAUCGUGACCCAAGACGGCGGCCGAGCAGCACAGUUUGAACACACGAUCCUAAUGACGCCGGAGGGCGCGGAGCUUCUCACCCAGGCGACUAUUUGA